ACCUUCAUCCGUGUCACCUGACAGUCAGCUGUCUAGCAGUGCAUACACAAUAAACACCAGAAUCUGUUUAAAGUCUUAUUGUUAAUCAGUUUUAAAUCACUAUUUUGUGAGUUUAUAGUGAAAUGUGAUUUGGUUUAAGCCGCGCAGCUCUCUUUACGCUCUUUUAGUAUUAGUAGAGAUGAAAAUGUCAGGACCGAACGGAGAUCCCGAGCUUAUAGCUGACGAUGGAAUCAUCGAGGAUGAGGAUGAUUUUAAUGAAGAAGAGUAUGCGGCCAUUAACUCCAUGCUGGACCAGAUAAACUCCUGCCUGGACAACUUGGAGGAGCGGAACGACGCUCUGAAUGGACAACUGCACGAGCUCCUGGAGUCUAACCGGCAGGCUCGGCAGGAUUUCAGAGCUCAGCUCAACAAAAAGCAACCAGAGGAGCAGAAACCGCCGCCGUCUGAGAAGUGAUGACCGAGCGGACGCUGGGUUCCAGUCCAUUCCACUGGCAUGAAUCUGUGCUGUAUUUGUUUAUUGUAUUUACUGUAUAAGACAAACGUCUAGCUUCAUGUGUACAGCAGUGUUCCUUCAUGUCAUAUUUUAUUGUUGUUUUUAUCUAAACAGAGAUGAAUUAUACAGUGAUGGAUAUUUCAUAAAUCACUCCUUCAAACCCAAGAAGCUCAAUCAUCAAAUAUUUUAAUAGACAUUAAAAUGCAGAAAACAAACAUCUGGAGGAGAGAGAGAGAAAAAAACAAACAAGAUGCUUCCAGCUCCUAUAAAACAACCUUUUUUGUUUUAAAAUCCUUAUUUCAUUUGUAGAAUAAAAAUAGAUUAUGAAAUGUA